GGAUGCUGAGGCACUCGGCGCGCCCUCCAUGGACUCGGGGGCCAAUCCAGCAGCGCAGACACAGUCGCAGCUGCCAGGCUAACCCCAGGGGUGUCGGGGGUCACGGAACCAGCCCCUGGGGCAGUCCCAGCGACUCAGGAAGACUUACAAAACGCUCGGAUCACUAAGAGAAGAGAAGAAAAAAGGAGGCUUCGGAACAGGAUGGGUCGAACAGCCUACGCUGUGGGGGCUUUGCUUCUGCUCUUGGGAACCUUGCUGUCAGCCACCGAAGGGAAAAAGAAAGGCUCUCAAGGUGCCAUCCCACCUCCUGAUAAGGACCAGUACAAUGACUCGGAGCAGACUCAGACUCCGCAACAACCUGGAUCCAGGAAUCGGGGGCGGGGCCAAGGGCGGGGCACUGCCAUGCCUGGGGAGGAGGUGCUCGAGUCCAGCCAGGAGGCCCUGCAUGUGACUGAACGCAAAUACCUGAAGCGGGACUGGUGUAAGACUCAGCCUCUCAAGCAGACCAUCCACGAGGAGGGUUGCAACAGCCGCACCAUCAUCAACCGCUUUUGCUAUGGCCAGUGCAACUCCUUCUACAUUCCCAGGCACAUCCGGAAGGAAGAAGGCUCCUUUCAGUCAUGUUCCUUCUGCAAGCCCAAGAAAUUCACCACCAUGAUGGUGACGCUCAAUUGUCCCGAACUGCAGCCGCCGACCAAGAAGAAAAGGGUCACCCGGGUGAAGCAGUGUCGUUGCAUAUCGAUUGAUUUGGAUUAGCUACGGACAUCCAGCCUACCUAAUGACUCAGCCCCAGAUGUGCCCAGUGCUGAGUCCAAGGCACUUGCGAUGCUCAAAUCCCAGAUGCAAGAAGUACUGCUCACUGCCUCUCGGCGGGAGCAUGCAUGUGUGUAUUUGUCUGUGUGAUGGAGCAUUGCAUGUAUGUCCAGAGGCACAACGGGGGUAAAAGUCUCUUCGGGAGGGUACUUCAUAUUAUGUAGAGUAUCUGUUGCACUUGGGGCUGAGGUGGAUGACUCAAAUUCCUGGCAACUUCCCGAGGCAAAUCUCAAGUCAGGCAGGGAUGGUGCCUUGCUUUGCCUCUGCCUUCAAUGCGCCUUCUUAGACAUCUAACAUUCUCUUCAGAAUGAGUGUUGCACAGACAGUGGUUACUCUGGGUCUUUUUAAAUGGAACACGGAAAGGGACUUGCUUUCAGACCUGCAGCUGAAGUAGAAAAAAAGCUCCUAAGCAGCUGUUCCUUUCAACUACUUUUGGUCCAUGCCCCCAAACUCAAAAUCGAUAGCUGUUUCCAAACCAAAUUCCUCUCUGUAAGCCUCCCCUGUUGUUUUCUUACCAUGAUUUUAUGUACUUUCCCCUUUGCAAAAAUAUUCUAGAUAAUUAAACGAAAUUUGAAUUGCCAAGAAAAUGGAGGUGAGACACUGAAGGACUAGUAGUGGUCUAGGAGGUAGAAUUUAGGAGUUAUACCCACAUGAGCUUGGCAGGAUUAAGGUAGGAGGUGUGGAGGGAACAAUGCAACACUGUAAAGUCAACAUGAAAGAGAACCUAAGUAAAGCAAGGACUUGAUAAAUAUCUCCCAUAACACUCUCAACUCUAUUGUGCAUUUUGGAUAAAUAUGGUAGCCUUAGCUCUGACUUUCUUGAUAUUAGUGUAGGGAGUCAAAUCUUUAACUGUGGUACUUCCCAGCCCAAGAUCAGAUUUCUAUCUUGAAAAUUUUUUCCUCACUUUCUUUGCCCCAUUUCCCCACAAAUACAGGGCUUAAGGUCUUCUGAAAAUUAAAUCAUUUUAUGAACAACUCAAUAAGAAUUUAUUAAGAAUCUACAACAUCCCAGGCACUAUGCUAGGUGGUGGAUAUAGAGACAUCAGUGAAUUAGCACCCACUCUCACUGGACCUUUUUUUUCCCCUGCUAAUGAAUAGAAUCAGCUUGGUUUGGAAGUUUCCUGGGUUUCCUAUUAUAACACAAGGUUGAAGAGAACAAGAUAGAGGUAUAUGGAAUAUGAGAAUUGCCCUAAAUUCAUUUUUUAGAUAGAGUUGUGAAAAAUUUUUAUAAGAUGGAAGAUUUCUUAUGGUCUUAACAUUGAGGUUGGCUUCAAAGUGUUUUCUCUUUCCCACCACAUGUCACUUCAUGGCAGCUGGUUUACUUAAUAACCAGGUCAGUUUGAUGGACAUUUAUCACCAGUUUUAGGUCAAAAUUAAAGUUGGCAUCAGUUUUCAGUUCAGUUGUUUUUCAGUAAUGUCUGAUUCUUUCUGCGCCCCUUUUGGGGUUUUUCUGGCAAAGAUAGUGGAGUGCUUUGCCAUUUCCUUCUACAGU